AUGGGGGGCCAUUCUGACCUAGUGGAAUUCUUUAUUAAGAGAAAUUUUAAUACUUCUCAGAUUAAUUGUGGUAGUGUUUCUUUAUCAUCGUUAGCUUGUCAAAGUGGAGAGUUAGCAUUAGUCCACAAGCUUGAAUCAUUAAACCUCUUCUCACCAGAUUCAAAAGAUAUUGUUGAAUCUACUGUACUGCAUUACUCUUCUAUGAGUAAUAACGUUGAGCUUUUUAAGUAUCUUUUAAGUCAAUAUCAGCUAUCCAUUGAUGUAAAGGAUCAACAAAAAAGAACUCCACUUCAUAUUGCUUCAUG